AUGUCUAAGGGAGUGGUUGAUAGUACAAUUAUCAAUGAGCCUUAUUACCAUGGUAAGUAAAUGGUCUUGUUUUUGAUAUUUUAUUGUCUUUCGUUUAAAAUUUUUGGUUUUGAGGGAAAAAGUUGAUUAAAAUGGCAAACAUUAGCGAAUUUUUUCGGAAAAAAAUGCCAUUUUAAUUGUUAUCAGUUGUUAAACCUAACUUUUUUGUAGCAAAAUUGUAGAUUAUUAUCUUUAGAGCAUUUUACUUUGCAAUUCAUUAAGGUUCUCUAAACUUUUUGAUCAAAAACCAUUAAAAAACGAUGUUGUAGUAGGUCUUCGGCCCAAAAACUGCCAUUUAUUAAUAUAACUAUAUAUCGAAACACAAUUGCAGGCUUGCUUCCACGAGAAGACAUCAAGGCUAUGUUGCAUGAGAAUGGCGACUUCCUGCUUCGAACCUCCGAGCCCAAUGGUAAUGACGGUGGCCGAUCGUAUAUCUUGUCCAUCAUGGUUGAUGCUGUGAAUGAAGAAAACGGUGUAAGUUGGUUAUUACUUGUUUUAUUUUUAUGAAUCUUUGGUUAUAAACUGUUAAUAAUGUACAGAGUAAGUGGGCCAAAAUUCAAGUUUAAAUUUCUAAUCUGAAAAUUUGAUUUUUUAUUUUUCCGCCAAAUUGACAUUUGGUUUUGUAGCUGUAGAAUAGGAAAAAUAUAGUAAAAAGAAUACAAUUUUGGUUUUAUAUGUGCUGUAGAUGUAAAAAUGAAUAAAAUUUUCAUUUGCAACACAAUGCCAAAAAGCCCGCGAAAAUAAAAAUUCAAAUUUUUUAAAAUUAUUAUUGUAAAUUAUCUUGUUGAUGAAAUAACGGCAUUUUUAAUCAAUUUGAUGCCAUUUCAAAAUCAAAAAUACGAUUUUCAGAUAAAACACUAUGUGAUCCAGCACCACCAGAACCGCUGGUCGAUUGAGAAGUACGGCUUCGACAACAUCAAACAGAUGAUCGAGCAUCACAUGAAGAAGCAAGAAUCCAUCUCCAAAACCAUCGACACGGUCAUCCUAAAAAAGCCGAUUGGCCGCCAGGCGUGGGAGCUCAGCCACAACGACAUUGCCACCACCAAGAAGCUGGGCGAGGGCGCAUUCGGCGAGGUCCACAAAGGCACACUGAAGCAGAAGAACGGCAACACCGUAAACGUGGCGAUUAAACUGGCGAAGCUCGAGAGCUUGACCAAAGAACAGAUCAAGGAGAUCAUGCGUGAGGUAGGGAAGGGUGGUUUUUUAUGGGGAAGAGGGGAUCAAUUGAAUUUUUUGAAAUCUUGAAAAAUUUUAAAUUUAUGAACAGAUGCUUAGUGCCAUUUUGGUUUAUAACUCACUUCAAAAAACAGGUAGAACUAUAAAAUUUGGAGUGAUUAAGGAUUGUUUUAUAAAGUAUCGAAUUUUUAAAAGGAAUUUUUUUAAUUUUUGAUUUUGAAAAGUUACAGUACUUUUAACAUACCAGUCUUUUUUUCAAAUUUUAUCGAUUUUUGGACUUUCUGCCAUUCUUAAAUAAUGACACGUUGGAAAGUAAACUUGGCUAGUGCUUUUGAGUUUUAAAUUUCAAAUAUUUGAAUUUUCCGCCAAUUUGGCAAUUUUGGCAUUGUGUUUCAAGCACUUUUUUCAACUUUCCAGACAAGAUAGGCUUACAAUUUUAUAAAUUUUGGUUGAUUUAAAGGUUACUAUUAUGUUCAUCAUUCCAUUCCAGGCCCGUCUGAUGCGAAACUUCAACCAUCCCAACGUCGUGCGCUUCUACGGCGUAGCGGCCGGUGUAGAACCCCUCAUGGUACUGAUGGAACUGGCCGACUGUGGGUCGCUGGACGGUUACCUCCAAAGGGCCGAGCAACCCGUCUCCAAGAAGACGGAGAUGUGCAUGCAAGCAGCCUGGGGCAUUGAAUACCUGCAUCAGUCCAUGGUGAUUCAUCGUGACAUUGCGGCCAGAAACUGUCUGUACGGCGAGAAUCAGGUCAAAAUCAGUGAUUUCGGACUGACAAGAGAGGGUACCAUCUAUCAAAUGGACCCACAUCGAAGAGUCCCUAUCAGAUGGUGAGGGUUUUUGGAUUUUUGGGCUGAUUUUAAGGCUUCUUGGAUGUUUUUGAGCGAUUUUUCAUACCUCCAUUUCAUCACCCAAUUCCAGGCUAGCCCCCGAAACCUUGCGCACCUUCAUGUACACUCAGAAGACGGACGUCUGGGCCUUUGGCAUCAUGUGUUGGGAGAUUUACAGCAACGGCCAAGAGCCCUACCCAGGCAUGAGCCCCGCGGACACCUUCACCAAGGUCAAAAUGGAGGGCUACCGCAUGACCCUGCCCGAUAACUGCCCACCAGAGAUGGUCGACCUCAUCACCAAGAAGACUUGGGCCGAGAGCCCGAACGACCGAGCCUCGAUGGCCGAGAUUGCCCACAAACUGGAGUUGGUCUACAAGUUCAAGCGCCCCUUUAGCGGCCCAUCCAACAUUUCCGAGCCAGUACCACCGGGCGUGUCCAAUGCAGCACCAACAGUCCCAUCUCCAACCCGACCCCCGGCUGGCAACAAACACCCUCCGGCUAUGGGUGGCGGAUUGGCGGCCGGAACGAAGAAACCCCUCAAGAAUAAGAAGAGGGGACGUUAG